AUGUCGUUGUUCUCUCCGACGCGGGGCACCUGGCUGCUCGUGCUCGGCAUCACCCUUGUCCUCAUGCCGGGCAAGGUAGUUGCGUUCGGUGCAGGAAACAUCCCAUCCAUUGCCCAGGUCGAGGGCCAUAACUGGCGUCAUGGAGAUAUCGAGGACAUGCUCGCAAGCAUCGCAUUCCUUCACGGCAAAAAAUGGACUUCAAUGCUCAUCAAGAGGACUUACUUUGGUAAUUGGUUGCGAGACUACUCGCAGGCGGUCGAUGUCGGCAGCUUGAAGGGGGUGAACGCCGCCACCGUCCGUAUUUUGGUCUGGGUUCUCUCCUUUAUGGCCUUUGGAUAUGCCACCGAUGAGUUCGAGGUCACCGAAGAGCGCCUCGGCUGCUACCGCCCUGAGGAGCAUAUCGAUAACCCCAAGGGCUACGCGGAUGGCAUGGAUGCGCGAAAGUUCGACCCCCGCCUUCGCGGCCCUGUUGAGCCUGUGGAAUUGGAGGUUGAUCCAAGAACCGGCAUGAAAAACUACAUUGCCAACGAGACGGGGCACUGGGCCACCAGCGCCGGCUAUCUCCGCUACAGCUUCGCUCGCAGCGUUCACUUUGGCCGCCUCUACACCUGCGGAGCCCAGGGAAAGGGAAAGGAUGAGAAUUUGUGCGAGGCCUUGAGGUGUCUCGGCCAGGCCUUGCACUGCAUGGAAGACUUUGGCGCUCACAGCAACUACUGCGAGCUGGCCUUGCGCGAGCUUGGACACCACAACGUCUUCACACACUGCGGCGCCCAGGCCGAGAUGAACAUUCAAGGCAAGCGACUCUAUCCUGUCGUCACCGGCACCUUUGGCGCCGUUGAUUUCUUGCAUUCCGUCAUCGGCGAGGCAAACGAUCACUUCACCCAGUCCGAGGUCGACGAGGUCGACGUCGCGCUCAAGAACGCCGAGGCGGCACGAGGUGGUGACGUAUCCGGCUCCAGAGGCCUCUUCGACGGAUCUGGCUCCAAUGACUUUAUUUCUCUCAUUUCGAAGCUCCCAGACGUCGGGAACGAUUUCGCCAUCCAAGCGAGGAGCCUCAAGGCUGCUUCCGACUCGCAAGAGCAGCAGAACCAGGAGCGCAGCCGCGCGGGCGAGAAUGUCAACAUCGUGCCGGGGAUGAGCGCCAAUUUCGACCCCGUCAAGACGGCCGGUCAGAUUUAUCCCAUUCUUCAAUUCCGUGACAGGAUUGUCAAGGCCAUCAGCCGGGGCAUCUCCAAGAUCCCUGGCCUCGAGAAGCUCCUGGAGCACAUUAGCGAAACGCUGACUGCCUUCGUCCUCGGACUCCUCUCUCCUUUCAUCCGACCCAUCAUCAACCAAGUUUCCAAAGUCCUGAAAGAUGGUUCGUCCGGCGUCAUAACCGCCAGCUCCAACUCGCAGCUGGAGCCCUGGGAAAACCCGCGUUGCUCCGACCCGACGCACUCGAUGCUUUCCAAGGACCAUUUCACCAACAUUCUCAACUCGUGCGCCGGUCGAGUGGCUACAACCAUCAUCCAGUACACGGUACCUCGAAUCUUGUUUGCUUGGGAGAACCCCAGCGUGCCUGUGGACGAAGUCGCCAACGACGUCCUCCGUGCAUUCCAUCAUCCGGCUCUUCGCAAUGAAAGCAUCGACAUUCAGAGAGACAUGUUCAGGACGGUCAAAUCUUGGUUUGAUGAACAUCCACGUUGUCACCAAAUUGACCAGCUGCUGUCGUCGGAAUCGGUCAGGAAAGGAAAGAAUCACAUCCUGAAGCAGCAUGCCGGCAGUCGCGGUGUCGAUUCAGGGCCAGGUGGUCACUCUUGCGGCUCAUGGGAGAGCCAAGCUGGCCAUGGCAAGGUUUCCGGAUCCCUGUGGUCCCAGAUUCACUCGCGUGAUCUCAGCUCGAUGGGCGGCGGCGACGGAGACGCCUCGGCAAACUACAUGUCCGACGCGCCGGCCUUUCCAGCCGGCCAGCAACCAGCACAGCCCAACUACGGCCAGGGCGAGAGCGCCUCUUACCUGUCGGGAGACUCGGGCCCGUCAGCUGGCUACAGCGGGUCAACGCCGCAGCCCGGGCAAUACUAUGGCGGGUACAAUCAGCCGCCUCCCGGACAGCAGGGAUACGGCGGCCCCCCUCCGGGAGGACAAUGGGGGACCGGCCCGCCGCCGCCUCAGAGCUUUGGCGGUCCCGGUUAUGGCGCGCCGCCGCCGCAAUACCCUCCCAAUCAGCAGGGACCUCCUUGGAACUCGUAUCAAGGCCAGGGCCGCUACUGA